AUGCCUCCCCUCCCCUUGCACACACAUGCAGACGGACAGACGCACACACUCUCUCUCUCUCAGUCGCUCACUCACACACACCCUCGCUCCUCUCUCUGGUCCCUCCCACACGUUACAGCACUAAGCACAUCAAGCAACAACCCUGUGACGUGUGUGUACUUCGUAGUGGUCGAGCUAACCAGAAAAGCCCCUCUCCACUCUUCCCUGUCAAGCCCUGUCGUGUCUCGCCUUGCAAUGAAUGGUAAAUGGCCCAUGAAGGUACCUAUUAGUCCAGUCCCACUCUUGAAUCAUCCCCUCCUAAUUAGCACGCUUUAUUUCACGAACCAUGUAACCCUCGUUGCGUGUACCAAAGCGGUAAAAUUUGCCCAGUCAGUGUUGCUCGGUAUAUGGAGACCCUGUUUUGCUCUAGUUCCUCUCUGGCCCGGGCGUGUCUGGCCGUGUCAUCUCAUGUUCGAGGAUGGAUUUCGGAGAGGGACGGCUAUGGAGAGUUACUGGGUGGGCUAG